GGAUUGGGUAAGGCUGGUGGUUCUGUUUGUGCUUAAUGGUGUAUAUUCACGUUUGUGUAACGUCUUGUUUUAUUCUCAAGUUUCUUUGGAAUGGUCCCACCAGAAAAAGAACACAAACACUGAACGUUGUGAUAUGUGAAGAGUUAUUAUGUCAUUCUAUAGGAAAUGCUACGUGGUACGGGUUAAAACCCAGAAGGUUGAGUAAUCGAGAUUUCGAAACAAGCGUUGUUCUGCAUACAAGAACGACAGCUUGAGAUAUUUCUGGACGAAAUCUUUUAGAUGUUUUUCGCAAGAACUGAAUUUUGGUGACAGCUUUUUGUAAGGCUGGUGAACACAUCCAAAAUAUUUUAAAAUGACAAAAAAGUUACGUAAGUUCCUCAUUCUGCUAGAUAACGAAAGUUUAUUGUAUUUUCCGGGUUCCUUCCUCUCAGGCCGAGUGUUGGUCGAGCUGGACGACCACACUCAAGUAUCAGGACUUUUUUUUCACAUCUUGGGAGAAGGAGUUGUGCAAUUGUCCAAGAGAGGGCGUUCGGACUUUAGCGAUAAAGAAAAUUACAUAGAUUUUCGUAUGAGACUUUUGGGAGAAGGACAACCCAAAUCAGGUAACAAUCGUGAGAUUGUUUUGCCGCCAGGUGUUCAGUCCUUUCCAUUUAAACUAGGACUUCCAUUAGGAUUACCUUCAACGUUUUUAGGAAAACAUGGCUGGGUGCAGUACUAUUGUAAAGUGGCACUUAAAGAAUCUUCUGGCGUUGUUCACAAAAACCAACAAGUGUUCAUCGUCAUGAACCCCAUAGAUUUGAACUUGGAGCCUUCUCUUCUCAUGCAACCUUUCCACUGUGAAAUUGAAGACACUCUCGGACUCAGCUGUUUCUCGUCCGGUCCUGUCACGUGUAGGGUUCGUUUAGACAGGGGAGGCUACGUACCGGGAGAAAGUAUCUCAAUCUUCGCCAACAUAGAAAACAACAGUAAAGUUACAAUAAGGAAGACAAAAGCAGUACUCACUGAGACGAUACAGUACACUGCAAAAAACAAGUUAGUUCAGGCUGAGACUAGAGAACUGGCUUCUCUUCAGAAGGGAGAGAUUUCUGCUGAUUCUACGGAUCAGUGGAAAAAUGAGCUACUUUAUAUUCCACCUCUUCCACCCACAAACCUGCGUGGUUGUCACCUAAUUCGUGUCCAGUAUGAUGUUUAUUUUUUGAUCUACCCCAAAGGACCAGAGAAAGAAAUUAAACUUCAAUUACCAAUCAUGAUGGCUACCUACCCGAUUAGGAACACAGAUGGCACUCUUCAACGGAAAAAAGGAACCCAUUAUCCAACAGUAUUACCAGUGUUCCGGCCUUGGCUUAGCACGAACACUUUGAAGUAGACAGCUAAGCUAACAGAUGCCGAAGAUAUGAUUCAAGAAAAUGUUUUCUUACAGUAGUAGGCAAUAAGUCUAAUAAAAUUGUAUUAACAUAUAACGUUUUAUUUCACCCCAAUUUACUUAUUUUUUGCGUUACAUAGAAUUCAUAAUAUGUUUGUUUUUUCAUUUGUUGUCAUGCUUACCUUUUAGCGAGGAACUGAAGAUAGAAUAACAGGUCCUCGUUCUUAUCACUCAUCUUUACUUUGAGAGUUAAUAUUAUGUGUAUGAAGGCUUAUCUACCUGAUAUGUUAGAGACAUUAUUACGGGCUAAUAAUACACUGGAUACAGUUUUAAUAGGGGAGAGGGAGGUCCUUGUACUUUUGUAACCAAGGGUCUUUCUAAAAUAUUCAGUGCACAAUUAGAAUAAAUAAUAUGUAGAAGCUAAGACGGGAGUCCAAGAGUAGCGUCUCUAAAGAGUAAGCGUCAGUUGUCGCUUUCUCUCUUCGUUUAUUUUAAUGUAAGCAAGUUUUCAGUUUGGAACCCGAAAUUACGAAAUGUAAGCAAAGAAAGGGCGUCGACGUUGUUAAAAACGUUUCUUUCUCGCACGUUAAACGAAGCUUCAGAAGUAAUGGCACUGAAAAAUUUAAUUUGAAAUAAUAUAUGUAAAGUGUGAGUUUGUGUACAAGAUAUAAUCUGAACGCGUGUAACAUGGAUGUUAUGAAACCAACCCACCUUUGAAGUAACCUUUCAGACUUUUGUUCCAAUUUGUUUAAUAUGAUCGUGGCCUAGUUGUUAGCGUUCCCGAAGAUUUAUGGUUCGUAACUUAUCGUCAUGGGGUCUCUAUAGAAGAUCAAAUCCCACUAUUCAAUCAGACAAGAGUAGCCUAAGAGUUAUCGAUGAAUUUUGUUGAUUACCUGCCUUCCCUCUAGUCUACGAGUUCAAAAUUAGGGACAAUAAUACGCGCAAAUAGCCUUUAUGUAGGUUUUCGCGAAAUUUCCGGAACAAACCAUAAUUUCAAUUAUUUCGUACACAAUUAUAAAAACGCCCUAAGCUUAUGCACAUCUUCGAUGAAAUGCCCAUAGGCUGGAGAAACUAGCAAUAUUGUUAAACAAUGCUUGCAGAAACAAAACAAAUGCUUGACUUUGUAGGUUUAUAAACAUAUGCACGCAAAGCAACUAGAAACAACAAGCUUAGAUUUUUUUUCUUUGUUUUUAGAUUUUCGCCGUUGGUGAUAGCAUCAGUAGUUUGUCCUACGAAGGUACAUAUGAUCGUAUGAAUUAAGAUAUGCUGCGAAAGAGAACAAUAUCUUUAUGUCAUUCGUUGGCAUUCUGUGCAUUUAGAUGUGUAAAACGUUUCUUACUGUUCGUGACGUAAUACUGUUAUGAUUUUGUAAACAGUUUGGUACUCGUUCACACAAGUAUAAAAGUUACUGAAAAAUGUAUUACAAGUUGAAAUAUUUUAAUAACUGAGUAGUUCUUAUAAAAAAUAAAAAAGAAGAAAGCUUCAGCUAUCAAAAUCAGGUCGUUUCUGGUUAUAUAUUGUGUGCAUACUCUACCCAUUACGCGUUAAAAUAAAUAUAAAACGGCUAAAAAAAAGGAAGAUACCACAUGUCUAGGUUUCGACGUUUCAUCAGACGUAACUCGGCAUCAUCUUCAACAUGCCUAGCUCACAGUGAUGAAAUGCCAGUGUAUGUAUGUUUUACAUCCUCUUUAGAAGGUAACUGUUUUAUCCUUUUAUGUUGGGCGUCACCUCUCUCCCCUUCCACCCCCCGUUUGAGUAUUUUUAUUAUCAUUUUUGUGCCUCUUGAACGUCAUCUUAUUGUUGACAUCUAGUCCAGUGAAUAUUUAUAUUGAUAGGAAAAUUAUUUUUGUUGGAAAAAAUUACAUUGUAUUAUCAUAUUAUUACAUUCUGUUUGAGUUACCUUAUCUCUGUUAACAGUGUUAUCCAAUUCUCUGAAAUAAGGAUUCAAUGUAGGAGGACUAAAACACCGGGAUUCUGACACUUUUAAAGCAUCGUGGAAGGAUCAUACAUGAGGAAUUUCACGUUUGAAAUAUGAACAUUAUAUGUAAAUUGUCCACGUACAAUAUAUAUAUAUAUAACGUGAAACAGCCUCUAACGUGUAACUAACAAGUUAACAUUUUAGAUAAAGCAUUACUAGAAUUUGAAUUAUAACAAAUGUAUCGUGACUUCUGAGCGACUUAGUUCUAUCGCGAAGAAUACCUAUAAUUAAUAUUUUGAUUAGCAGGGAUUUUCUCGUAAAUACUAAGAAAACUUUACAAGUAUGUGCGUCGCGUUUUUCUAUAAUGGGGAAACUUUGAGAAUUUGACUAAAAAAUCUUAUUUUAAACUAUUUAAAUAGACUUGUAAUUAACUGUGUACCUAAAAUUAAUAAUUACGAUAUUAUUCGCCAUUUUCCACAUGCUUUUCUUUUCUGUUUUUUGCAUAGGUUGAUUCAUAUUUAAUUACUAAGAGGCAAGUUUUUGUUUCUUGACUUGGUGAUGUAAUUAAAAUAUUACUAAAUUACCUUUGCUGACCAUUUCUAACUUUAUAAACUUCAUAACGAGAAGUUAUCUCCUUUCCAAAUAUUACUUAUAUAUAUUUUGUUCUACAUUAUUUUUAGAAACGUGCUAGACGAUAUUACUCUCAUUGCAGCUUGCGGUAUUUUUAGUAUUUUAUUUUAUAUCGAGAGCGUAUUGUGCCAACUUUGUAAAUUAUUUUUUUAUAUCGGGAUUCUUGAGUUGUAUACAACUAAUAAAUUUUGGUCCGUGGAAAUUACUGUUUUGUGAAGUAUUACGUAACUUAGCAGUUCUAUC